AUGGAAGCCAAGUUACAGCAACGAACGAAGCGCUCAGGAAUACGUCACGCUAUCCUUGUUCACGGGAUGGGCGGCACCGGGAAGACACAGCUGGUACUGCAAUACAUCGCACAGCACAAACACGAAUAUAGUAUGGUGAUCUGGAUAGAUGCGGAGAGUCCGGCUUCUUUUAUAUACUCCUGUAUUCGUGUAAGCAAAGCACUUCAACUAUUGGAUACUCGCUACGAGAUAACGGGGCAAGCUCUGGUGCCUCAAAGAUCGCCACCAGUGGAUGACUUCUUGUCCUGGCUAGAGAAUCGCCCCGGCAACGACAACUGGCUUCUCGUUCUCGACAACGUGGAUGAUUUGACAUGGGGAAUUAAAGAUAUUCUACCAAAAGGUCUUUCUGGAAGCCUCAUUGUCACUUCACGCGACUCGUAUACUGCUCGUAGUCUCGGCUGCGUCAGCUUGUCGUUAGAGUCUAUGACGCUGGACGAGGCGAGCAAAUUCUUGCAAAUUGCUGCGUUUCCGGACCUUGAAGAGAGCUCUACUGAACUCGACAGCCUUUGCACCCAAAUUGCAGACCUCCUGGAUUGUCUGCCGCUUGCGGUUCACCUCGCAGCAGCUACUAUUCAGACUGAUAGGAGUAUCUUGCAUCUCGAAGAGAUUGGUCUGAACGACGCUUGCUUGGCUGUCAAGACUUACAUCAAGCGGUUUGAGGACAGCAAAGAUGAGUUGCUUCUGCGCCACGAUCACCAUUUUAUGCAAUCACCAUAUCCACGUACAGUACUGACAACGUUCGAGACGACAUUUGAAAAGCUCUACGGGGAUGACCGGCCGAAAUGGGAACCUCCACCAAUGAGGCUCCUGACUUUGUUGGCCUUCUUGAAAGAUGCUGAGGCUACGAGUCUUCACAAACGGUUCCAGCAGGCUUAUUCUGGCAUUCGACUCGGAAAGGCCGCUCGAGAUGCAUACGCUGCGGCCAAUCUUCCGCAAUGGCUCUCGAAGAUUCUCACUGGAGAAAGCUCAAUCGAUUUUGCAACUCUGGAGCAGUCUUGGGAUCGUUUCGGUUAUUGCGAAACCCUCAACACCCUUCAGCGAUAUGGGCUUAUUCGAGCCCAUCACAACGGUUUUCCGGAAAUUCUCCCUCUCCAUAAGAUUGUUCGGUGGAGAGUCCAGAAGGAGGGCGAACGCGACAUCCAGAUGUAUCGAAGGGACUAUACUGUCAUGCUUGAACUUGCUUUGUAUUCACAGCAGUCUUCGAGUAUGGGCGAGACCUUGGAUAUUCUUAACGAGCUUGCAGACUACUACCGCGACCUUGGACAUUGGCAGUAUGCUGAAGAGUGUGCCGUGGCCCACUUGCAGCAUCAAAUUCGGCGCCACGGGCACUGUCACGCAAGUACUGUCAGCUCGCUUGUCAGCCUGAUUGAGAUCUUAGGAGAGCUGGGCCCAGACGAUGCCAAGCGAGAAAUAUUCUGCUUCGUGAAAGAUGCACAAGAUCGACAGGCCGUGCUCGAAGUUCUGCCAAUGGACCUCCUUCUGCUCUUGAACGCCGUCUUUCUUAGACAUCCCGAGAGAGACAAGGCUACGUGGAUGGACACAGACCGACGAGUUCAAUGGGAUCGAGAUGCCAUUCAGUAUCCAGGCUCUGCCAGCACGACAUCGCCGAUGCCAUUGAUCGGUGCCAGACAGGCUUUGCAAAAGUCCACAUGGAGAUCAAUACCUUUGACAACAUUCCAGCCGACUUUGGAGAGUCCGGGACUAUGUGGACGACUCGCUGCACAAUUGGACCAACGUAGGCAAGCGCUGAAGAAAGCAGCUAAAAACCAACCUGACCUUGUCACGUUGUUCGAGGUGUUCUCAAUGGGGUCCAGUGACCUCUUGUCCGAUUACAUGCAAUACGUUGACUCAGACACUGUGAGGUACCGUGAUCCAGUCGGGGCGCGGACUGUGCUUCAUUUCGUGGCGGCAUAUGGAGACUCAAAAGACGUCCAGCGCUGUGUCGAAAGCGGUUCCGAUAUACACGCGAUAGACAGAUACGGAGCCACGCCGUUACAUUUUGCAGGUAUGGUUGGACGCCUCGAGGUCUUCCGCGCUCUUGUCGAAGCCAAAGGAAGCACUGCGUCGACCGACUAUAACGGCUUUACACCUCUUCAGUAUGCACAAAGGAGACCAGAUGUCUUCCCAAUCCAGAUGGCGCUCGAUGGAAAUCCUUUCUUGCCAGAGAUCUCCGGACAACGGCCCAUGCUUGCCACGAAAGAAAGCAGCUGUGUGCCGAGCCAAAUCUUCGAUGAGAUGCCGAGCAACAACUCACGCCACGCAUAUGUGGAAGACUAUGAUAGUGACAACUCAGAAGCGUCUCCAAGCUCGCGGCGGAGUCGACACUCCUAUGGCGCGACACAUGGGUCAGCUCGUUCAUCGACGUAUACGGCAUCUCUCUCAGAUGAAGGACCAAAAAAACACCAGGAUAUAGGAUCACACGUAGGGGUGCCCCACGGCUUCUAUCUCCAACGAGUACCGCAACAUAUACUACGUAACGACGCCGCGUUCGUUAAUGACAAGCCGGCGCCGAGCGUGGCUGAAAGCAGCACAGGCUCAUCUGGAAUCAAUGGGCCUUCAGUACCGCCGUUCAUUGACGCCAGUGGCUCGAACCGUUUGAGGGACGGAGAGCUUGUCUACAACAGAAGUCAUGUAUCAGGCAAUGAAAGGUACCGAGAACAAGAGAGGAUUGUUCCGACACACCACAACGCGCAUACAUGUUCCGAAGCAACUGAAAUCGAGACAACUUACGCGUUCCAAACUGGCCCAACGAAGGAAACCUCAUCAGAAGCCGCCGACAGCACAUCAGGCCUACCUGAUGUACACGUUGGUCUCUCAGACGAAACAAGUAGGGAACGGCCAGUUCCCGCAAGCUCGUCCUUCGAUUCACCUGGCAACGAGAUCGACACGCAUACGUACUCCAUCACCGAGGCAACCAGACAAGAAGUUACGACACGAUUUGAACCAUCGGAUAACGAGGAAGAACAUCCUGCAACAGAUGUUAGCUGUGGCGAAUCUCCAUCGCGCGACGAACUAGAUGGAGAUCCAGACUCCGCCGACACGCAGACCCUGGCUGCGUUGGCCCUUACAAGCACAGAUACCAAGUCUGCCGCUAGUUCAUCCAAGCAGCAGCCAACAGAUUCUGUUCGAUCCAGCAAAAAGAAAGAGACCAAGGCGGUGGAAACUGCCGAUGAAACAUCUAUCGCAAACGUCGACGGAAACCCAACCGAGUCGACCGACAAGGACCCCAAGAACAGAGCAGAAGCAAAGAUCAUCAUCAUCAUCAUCAUCAUCAUCGAAAGCGCGGAGUCUCCGGCAGACCUUCUGUCGAGAGGUCACUUCAUGUCGAUGACCAGACAGGGGCUAGCACGGCUUCUGCUUCGCGAGGUCAGAGACGCACGAAGAGAAGACACAGGCGACGUGGAGAUUACGGAGCUGCGGGCCUCCAUACAACUUCCCAAGAGCCAGAAACGAAGCGCCACAGGCCGGGUAAUCGAUCGGUUUUCUGCUCUUUUUGGAGGCUGGUAA